GUUCAGGGACUCGCUAGAAUACGUUCCCCAGCGCAACUUAACGCCAUUUAUUGUGUCCGUAAACGUCCGCCAUGCAGUCACUGAGAGUGUUUCUCAGCGAGAGACUGACGGCAGCAGCGGAGGAGAUAUUUGGAGCUGUUGAAAACACAAUAGCCGAGUACAGGGAGGAGAUUUCUCGCUCAAAAGAUUUAGAAAUCAGUCGUCUCAGGAUGCAGCUGAAGCUCCUCAAGUCAGAGCCACGGUUGGAUAGAUGUCUGGGAGCCCAGCUGCAGCAGCUCACCCAUCACCACCACCACCAUCCUCCUCCUCCUCCUCCUCCCCCUCCUCCUCCUCAGCAGCAGCUCCAUCAGUCAGUGCCUUCAGUGGAGCCUCCUGAGUCCCAGCAGUGUGAGGAGGAUGGGAGCGGCAGCAUGGAGCAGGAGCACCCAGAGCCCUCGCAGGUGAAGAAGGAGCAACAUCUGAAGAGCCACGGGGAUUUCUGGACCGGUCACGAUGUGGAGCAGCUCGAGAGCCUUGAAUCCGACAUCAAAGACUUCAUCUCGUCUCCUUCCAACCUGAAGAGCAGCCUGCCGGACCCCAGCUUGCUCUUCCACCCCUACCACAACCACCACGGCGAGGAGAGCAAAGAGAAACCCUACUGCUGCUCUGUUUGUGAAAAGCGUUUCAGUAACUGCUCCCACCUCGCAGCUCAUAUCAGGACACACACGGGAGAGAGGCCUUACAGAUGUGAAAUAUGCAGAAAGACUUUUAUCACCACAAGCGCUCUGAACAGACACCAGACCAUCCACACUGAAGGGAAACAGUUUGUCUGUAAUUAUUGUGGUAAAUCCUUCAAAUGGAUGGAGUCUCUCGGCCGGCACGUUAGAAGCAUACACAGGAGAGAGAAUAUGCCUGUAUGACUCUCAUUGAAAAUACACUAAUGUCCACUAGAUUAGUCGUGUUGUUACUGUGUGUUGUCAUCUGUAAUUUAAGUGUAAAAGACCCGAACAAAGAAUGUAGUGUUUUCUAUGUUUUAUGAUAAAUUAUAUUGUGCAUGGACCUCAUUAGGCCUUGAAAGCCAGUAAAUGAUGUGCGAACGAGUUGUAGAAAUUAAUUGAAAGGUAUUGCAUUUUAUAAAUAAAUUAUGGUGAAUGUUUUAUUACAGAAUAAAAUGUAACUACUGGUA